AUGUUUACGCGAAAACAACCUCACCAUGAAGAAUACGAAAUGGUAGAUCAAAGUGUGCCGCGACACCACACCAAUACCCUGAGUGAUUCAAUUUCCACUCCAGCAGAAGGUCUGGUAUCAGAUAGCCGGAGUUCAUCCGAUUCACAAACAUCUGACGUCUUUGACGAUUUGGAAAACUUGUCUGCUGAAUCGGGACAGAAAGUUGAGGAUUUUUAUGAUAGCCCGGUGUUUCAAUCAAUUUUCAAUCGAUAUACCAAUAAAGGAUUCAACCCAAAAGCAUGCUGGAUAUUCAGUCUAUGUAUCAUUAUAUUGUGGCUCGGAACCCUAAUAUUGUAUUCACAAAUGAAUCCAUCAAAUCUCAUUUCAAGUUUACGAUGGAAAACCAGUAUUGUUCAAUUGAAUGGUGAAAAUAUAACAAUCAAUGAAUAUAGCCCCAGCUACAAGAAUUUGAGUUUAUAUGACUGGAGAACUGGGAGAUAUUAUAUACCCGAGAAACAAAUACGAUGGUUGACUCCACAUCAAAACCCCAAGAUCAAACUGGGAAGUGGGUUUUAUGCAGUUAAUGAACACGGGAAAUUGGUAAUUCAACAAGUCAAUAGUGAUUCCAAGGAUGUUCUUAUAUCAAAUAGUCGAUUUGCUUAUGGUAAUGAUUUUUUUGAAAUUCAAGAUUUUAUUUUAAAUCCAAUGAACUCUGCCGAGGAAUUAGACAAUACCCAUAUUCUUAUUACUGAUAGGUUAGAACAAUGGAGACACCUGAGCUUUGCAUUGUAUUGGUUAUUCAAUCCAUUAACUUUCAAGUAUACACCUAUUCAACCACCAGAAAGUAAAAAAAAAUUGGAGACUCAAGAGGAUCCGUUUGCUCCAAGAGUUUUACAAAAGUUACAUUAUGCUGAUUUUUCCCCGGAUGGGAAAUUUGUCUAUUUUGCAUUCGAGCAUGAUUUGUAUCUCCAUGAUUUGUCAACCAAUGAAGUUCAUCAAAUCACAAAAGAUGGAUCACCAAAUAUAUUUAAUGGGAAGUCAGAUUGGAUAUAUGAAGAAGAAGUUAAUGCUCAAGACAGAAUGAUUUGGUGGUCCCCCGAUAGUUCACAGUUCAUUUUUGCCAAGAUUAAUGAUACCAAUGUGCGUGAGGUAGAAUUGGACUAUUACGCAAAGGCAAACUCCGAAGUCACUAACCAAUACCAGGUGCCAAACGAACCUGAGAUGGGUGGUGUGAAUCAGUAUCCUAUAAAGACUUCGUUGAAGUAUCCAAAACCAGGCACACCAAAUCCUAUUAUCUCGUUGUACAAUUACAACGUGAAUACAAAAAAGGUGAAACAAUUAAAUGAUGACGAUACCAGACUCGGAGUUGACAAAAUCUUGUACGAUGCGAAGUGGAUUGACAGCAAGAACUUUUUAAUGAAACAAACCGAUCGAACAAGUUCUAUUUUGUCCAAAAAGUUAUAUCAACCAGAGAAACACGAGGUUCGUGUUAUUAAUUCAACAAACGUGACUGCAGAUUAUAAUGGCUGGGUUGAAAAAAUGAGCCCUAUGACUAAUUUGGAGGAUGGCAAGUAUAUUGACAACAUCGUGGUGGAUAAUAGAAAUGUGUUGGCUGUUUUUGACAAUCCAGAACAGUCCACUCCACUGAAGAUCUUGAUGGAAAACCAAAACUGGGAAGUCAUUGGCAAGGCUGUGUAUGAUAAACAAGAGAAAUUUAUUUAUUUCAUGAGUACUAUAAAGAGUUCAAUGGAUUCUCACUUACUAGGAAUAGACAUGGCCGAUAAUUACAAGAUGUACAAUAUUACAAACACAACUAGUGAUGCAUACUAUGAGGCUGAUUUUUCUAUAGAUGGCCAAUUUCUCAAUUUAAAGUAUCAAGGUCCUGAUGAGCCCUGGCAAAGAUUAAUAGAUAUGGGAGAUGUUCAUGAUUACAUCAAAGGAGAAGAAUUUGACGAGUCCUUGAUAGAACAGGAAGUAAUAUUGAAACAGCCAAUUAUAAGCGGAAGAACUGAUUUGAGAAAUACAAAUAUUCCUACUUCUAGGUUCAAGGAAGUUACAAUAGGUAAUCCAAAGGAUGAAGUUUCAUUGAAUGUUAUGGAAAUUUUGCCUCCUAAUUUCAAACCUUCAAAAUAUAAGUAUCCAUUAUUUGUUCAUACAUAUGGUGGGCCAGGUUCUCAGAAUAUUUACAAGAAAUUUGAUAUUGGAUUUUUACAAAUCAUUAGUGCAAAAUUGAACUGUAUUGUUUUAGUGAUAGAUCCACGAGGAACAGGUGGUAAAGGGUGGAAAUUCAGGUCUUAUGCCAACCAGAAAUUAGGAUACUGGGAACCAAGAGAUCUUACACUAGUGACAUCAGAAUAUAUCAGCAAAAACAAAGACAUUAUUAAUAAAGAUAGAGUUGCACUUUGGGGUUGGUCAUAUGGUGGUUUCGUCACAUUAAAGACUUUAGAAGUUGACAAAGGAGAGACAUUCAAGUACGGUAUGGCUGUUUCUCCAGUAACCAAUUGGCUAUUCUAUGACUCGAUAUAUACAGAAAGAUACAUGAAUGAACCAUCCAUGAAUCCUAAUUAUGAAGCCUUUGGAAAAAUCAAUGAAAUCGAGAAUUUCAAAUCUGUGCAGAGAUUUUUGAUGAUGCAUGGUACUGGAGAUGAUAAUGUACAUAUUCAAAACCUGAUGUGGUUAUUGGAUAAGUUCAACGCAGGUAAUGUUGAGAAUUAUGAUGUUCAAUUUUUCCCUGAUAGCGAUCACGGUAUCACAUAUGAUAAUGCUGGAAUUAUAGUAUUUGACAAAUUGUACAACUGGCUAGAUGAUGCUUUCAAGGGACGAUUUGAUAAUCUUUUAUAG